CUGGUCACGUCAUUUCCCCAACUCGUUGAGGUUCAGAUCUCGCGUAGUUAUAAUCUUAUAAUAGCUAGGUUAUUAACCGAGGCAGCUUAGUAUUUUUCUUGAAUGGAAUUGGGGUUAAAAGGGCGAAAAGUCCUUAGGAUAUCAUGGAUGAAAUACAGCCCUUACUUCGAAGAUCCAGUGAAGACGAGCGGCCACUAUCUAUCACGACAGAGAUGACAGGCCCGACGUUAGGGAAGAUCCGGGCCUACUGGCUGGGUUCGGUAGUGUGUAUGGGUGGAUUUCUGUUCGGAUAUGACAGCGGAAUUGUUGGUUAGUGAACCGAUUGUUAUAUUUAACACGCGAGGUGAUAAUCAGUAUUAACUAGAAAAAUACUAUAGGCGGUGUUUUGACGAUGGCCUCUUUUCAGUCUGAUUAUCGGUACGGAAGCGGUGACAAGACACAUACGAAUUCGUUUUCAGUCAGCCUUUAAUAACUAGGCGGUUUCUUGGCUUGCUUUAUUGCUUGGCCUUUAACUGUAACAAGGGCUAUAAGGGGUUUGGAAUAUAAUUAGGAUUAUUAAUAAUUUUUUAAGGUUUUAAGGUCUUUAAUUUUCCCUUUUUUUUCAAGAAAAGAUUUUAAUUUAUUUAUAAACAAUUU